AAAUGUUAUUAAACUGCGUUUUUAAUGACGUCGAAAUACCAGGAAGAAUAACACCAAAUCAAAAGUAGAAUGAUGUCUCUUAACUUCUCACUUGGUUAACAGGGCAAUACACUUCCUUACUACGGAAAUGCAACAAAUAUGAUCAACAAACGGGAAUAAAAAUGACCACGUUCGUCACUCAGUCGGAGGAACUGAUCAUCUGUGACCUAAGCUGUGUCAAUCCCGUCCAGCAAUUCUGUAACAGCUGCCAAGUAGGUCUGUGUGGAGACUGCAUCAACAAACAUGUUGAUAGCCUGAAGUCUAUAAAACAUGACAUCGUUCCUUUCAUAAAGCGCACAAUCGAGCUGGUGUUCUCUCAGUGUACGUCUCAUCCCAACCAGAGAUCCGAGGCCCAUUGUAAACAAUGUGAUGUUCCAGUCUGCAUUAAAUGUGUUGUGGGUCCUCGUCACAAAGGGCAUGAUAUUGAAGAUAUGGCAGACAUCGUUGCCAAAAAGAAAGAAAAAAUUAAAAAAGAAACGGAAGAAAUGGAGAAAAUUAUAUCCAAGAACAUUGAAUGUGAUGCAAAUGCUGAAGAGAAAUUGUCCAAAUCCCUGACCUACAAUUCUGACUUAGCAAAACAAGCUGAAGAUCAAAGAAAGAUAUGGCACCUAGAAGUAGACAACAUAUUUGACAUAUUCGAUUCGUUGAUCCAGUCAAUCCAAGAUGAAGAAAUCAAAAUUUUGAAAUCCUACCAGUCGGAAUUGAGAAGUCAGAAUUCCCUUAUGAAUCAAACUGUACAUGAAAAUAAAGAUAUUCUGAAGUCCAACAACGCCUCUGAUGUCAACGACCAUAAAUCGAAACUAAAUCGUGGUGUUAUAGAAGUACCUGAUAUAAAGCAGUUACCCCUCAUAACAAAAGCGGAUCAAGGAAAGCAACUCUGCAUAGAGUUUAGAGAAUACAAAGCUACAAUGACUCUGACAACACUGCCCCGUCUCAGAGAUGCCAAAGAGAUUGCCAACAUUCCAACAAAUCUCACAAAGUUAGCUAAAGUAGCCUGUAUUAAAUCCGGAAAAGCUUGGAUCAGUGGAAAAGAUGAAAAGAUACAAUGUGUUGACAUACAUGGAACUGUACAAGACACUGUCACCAGUACAUGUUUUGAUUUCCCUACAGACAUUGCAGUGAACAAACAGGGAGAACUUAUUUACUCUGAUUACAUUAACAGAACUGUGAACAUUAUCAGGCACAAUCCAAUGAUCACAAUACCACAAGGUUGGCAUCCAAUGGGACUGUGCUGUACCAGAUCAGAUGAUAUUUUGGUCAGUACAAAAACUACUGAUAAUUGCCACUGCAAAAUUGUCCUUUAUCAGGGACAGAGUGUCAUACAGGAAAUAAAUCAAGAUGAACACGGCAACCCAAUCUAUCAAGGAGGGAGCUAUGAAGUGUUUGUGACAGAGAACAACAACGGCGAUAUCGUAGCUUCUGAUCUUAAUGCAAAGGCAGUGGUAGUGGUAGACAGGACAGGAAAAGUCAGAUUUCGAUACAACGACAAACCACCGACGGGACAGGAGCCAUUUAGUCCAAGACAAAUAGCGACCGAUUCCAUGGGUCACAUCAUUGUGGCAGAUCCCGAUAAUGCCUGUCUACACAUUCUAGAUCAGAAUGGACAAUUCAUCAAAUGUGUGGACGAUUGUGGAUUAAAUGAAUGGCCCACUGGGUUGAGUGUGGAUAGUGAAGGGAGGUUAUGGGUGGGUUCAUAUAAUUCAGGUGAACUGAAAGUGAUCCAGUAUAUCUAAUGAACAUCUGAAUAUUCGCAUCCGUAGAUCACUUCUAUACCAUGCGUUUGUCUUGAAGAUUGUUAACAUGUAUAAAACAUUAGUGUGAAAUGUCAUGAACACAGAGGGUACCAAGUGAUGGUACUUGUGCUUAGUCCACUCCUAAUUAUGAGAACAUGAUAGUAAAAAUAAAUUCAUCUUCAAGUAUAUUGAUAUUAGUGCAAUGUCUAGUGUAGGAAUACCUUGAUAUCUGCCUCUUUCAAUAUUUAAGCUAUAAUUUAAUUACUAACACACCAGUUUGUCCAUCUAUACAAACUUUGCCAUCAAGCGAGGCAGCAAGAGAUGAAAACUUUGGAUUUACUACCAAUCCACAAUCAUGAAUAUGUACCUUCGGGAACUUUCCAAUAUACCUUUCUUUAGCCAUGUUUUCACGGCAUUUGCCAUAGGAAGUUGCUUCAGAAGUAAAAUUCCUAGUGUCAAAUAUGCUGGAAACAAAAGUAUUUGUAAUAUAUUUUUUCUUUUACAUAUUCUUGCAAACUGGGAAGAUAUCACACGUUUCUUCCUUUCAUCAAACCACAUUUCCAGACUGGUCAACAGUUGAUAUUUCUAAUUUCACAGCCUCAUCAUGUGUUAUGCAGGAUGAUUCAUUGAGCUUUUGAAAGUGUCCCGUGGAAAUUCAGUAUUACUGGAAGUCCCAUGUUCAAAAGAUGGAAAGGCCUUGUGGUUUUUUAACUAAAAAUUAUCAGAAAACAUUAUUCAUAGUGCAUGCACAUGUAUAUGUAGGUCAAAGUGUUUCCACUUUCCCGAUUCUACCUACACUUUUUGCUGCAAACCCUAAAUACAUGUAUUUUAUAUCUAAAUAGAAUAUUUGAUAUAUGUUUUUCAUUCUGCGUUCGAUUUUUUCUGAUUAACAUUUUGACUACUAUUAAUCUUCAUGAUCUCUGAAUAGUAUGUAUAAUGUAGAUAGGCCUGUAUUCAAAAUGUAUCAAAUACCAAAACUUCGAAUACAUUGUAAAAUGUUUUAAUACUACGAAAUGUUUACAACCUACCCUACCUAUUUUUGGGGGGAAGUAAAAUAGGAAAUGCACAUAUAUUUCAUUUUGGUCUUAUGUUUAUAUAUUUAAGGAAUGAAUAUAUUAUCUUUUCGUUGGAUGGAGGUAUUCCACACAAAAACAGAAAGACGAAAACUGCAUCAUUGCACGUAACGCAUGAUGCAAAGUUUUCCGUCUUUUUUUUUUCGGUGGAAUACUUCCAUCUGACGAAAAGGUAAUAUAUUCAUGCCUUAUCAUUUAAAUAUGUAAAGCAUUGAGUUUGAAUGAUAAAACAUUAUAUGAUUUGAAUUGAAUUAACGAGUUAUUUUUGGACUACAUUCUGUGUCAUUUCGAGAUAGGCGUAGUAAUUUGUGAAUACACAACUUUGAAAAAAAACCCACCCUAAAUCCGUUAGGCCUAAUGGCGACUUCCACGAACUAUUGUUUACUAUUGAGCAAACGGGUUUCUUGUGGACUGAAGAAUGCAGUUUUGAAAGGAUGAGUUAGAGAUAAGUCCUGUUGAGAGAAAAUUGCUGAAAAUUUGUUGAGUGUAACUGGAAUUAAGUGCAAAGUUCGAUGUCGGUACUAACGAAAAGCGUGAGACACGUGCAUAAUCAUGAUGUGGGAUGCCAGGUGGGUUCUCUUGAGGGUUGUCACAGCUUCCAGGUGGACAAGUGAGUGUUACAGAGUAUUUUUCGAGUUUUAUCAGUAAAUUUCUAAGGCGCCACAGCGGUUGUAACGUCGUACGGAAGCCUCGUUUCGGUGCCCACUGAGUUCGAAACCAUUUAGUCGUUAAGGGCUACGGUAUUGCAGUAUCUCUGAGGCAGUGUGCGGUGUAUCUGGUAUUUGGGUUCGUGACAUGAAGGAAGUUGUCGCAAAGUGCACACUGGACUAUUGUCAUCCCCGGUUGAAUACAUUUAACUCUCAGCCCGGAAUUGCAGAAGCAGACGUGUGUUGUUAUAUUGGGGGGGGGGGGGGUCCUCAAAUAGCCAUGUUUAUUUCAUUUUGCAUAAUUAAUUAUUAUUCAUAUUUGAUAUUUGUUUGCUUUUGUUUAAUAAAUUUAUAUAGAUCGAUA